AUACCACUGAGGGUGUAACAUGUCUAUAGACGGGACUAAGUUAUUGUUUGAGGGCUUCCUGCAGAAAAGAAAAGAUACUAUGAAAAUGAGGUGGGCAACUUAUUGGUUCAGGCUUCAAAACACAACAUUGUUCUUCUAUACAAAGGAGAACUGCAGUGCUUCACACCUGAGAGGCUAUUACUACAUUUACACAGUGCAGUCAGUGAGGGAGGUCCACAGAGAAGACAGUAAACGCUUCAUGUUUGAGAUUAUCAUGACCAACGGGAAGAGGAAAAUGUUGGCUGCAGAGACGGCGGCUCUCAGACAGCAGUGGGUCAGUCACCUCUGGCAGGCCAUGAACCUCUCGGCCUCCAGGGUGCCCAGCUCCAGAAGCUCAGACGAUGAAGUUUGCGAGCAAAGAGACAGGAUCUACAGCAUUGUCCCGGUCUCCUCACAGUUUGAGAGCGUGAUGGACUCUCUGCCCCCUCGGCCCCUCUCUGCCCCGUCAGGUCACGCCCACCACAAGGUCAGGAGCAUCGACCUUCCCGUCUGCAGGCCGGUGGAGCCAGAGGAAGAGGAGCCCACGUACCAAAACAUACAGUCGAUCUGCAGCUACCAAAAUGAAACAGGUGAAAGUGUCGACAUACAGAGCUCUGACGGGGUGAGAAAUGCAGAGAAGAGACCAGAAGGAGACUAUGAUGUUCUACCAAUUAGGAAAAAGAUAUGCGAGAGCAACGACACAACUGAGACAAAAGAGGUCGUGUACGACGUUCCCGUCUCCCACAGAAGGACGGAUGAAAAUCCAGAGCCUGAAGAAAGCAUCUAUGAUGUACCCAGCUCUUUAAUAAGGAAGGCGUCGUAUCACUCUUCAGAUGAGCAGCUGGAAGAUGCAGCGUACUGGAGAAUAUGAACUCACCCACUUCAUUGCUUUAGUAGCCUUUAUAGAUGUUAAAUAUCUGUGUUUGUGCUUAUUUAUUUCAUGUGUGCACACAUAAGCGAAGCGU